AUGAAAAUAACACCGGCAUUAACCCGCUGGCAUUUCGAUUUUGCAGGACCCUUAAAAACUUGGAACCACUAUCAAUACCUCAUAAUUGCAGUAGAUUAUACGUCCAACCUUACCAUUACGAAACCCCUGUUUUCGCCCAACUCCAAUGCAGUCACCGACAUAAUAUUACAAAUAUAUAGCAUGUUUGGAAAACCCAGAGCCAUCAUCACGGAUAAUGCACAAGCUUUUCGAUCAGAAAUAGUCGAACAAGAAAUAAAGCGACUACAUUUGAAAUACUAUCAAAGCUCGGUGUAUAAUCCACGAGGGAACAGCAAAGCUGAAAGAACCAUAAAGAUGAUCAAAACCGCACUGACACAUUUAGAACCUGAGUUAAUCAACUGGCCUUCCAAUUUGUAUACGGAAACAAACAUAGUUAAUAAUACAAAGAUGGUAUAUGGCUAUGCACCUUGCAAAAUAGCUUUUGCUAAAACAGCUCAUAUAUAUGACAAAAAAUACAUUUGGUUACCCCACAAGUGA